AGCGACGAGCAAAUAGGCAGAUUUUAAAGUGUGAGACUGUUGCGUUAUUGAGGCAUGGCUGACAAGGACGCUCCUAUCUACAAACAAGCCGGCCAAGACGGCCGUUUCCGCCGCCAAGUCGCCUCCUUCCGCUCCACCAUCUCCCGCUCCCCCGGCGCCGAUUUCCCGCCAGCAAAGGACCGCUACGUCCUCUACGUCACAUACGGUUGCCCAUGGGCCCAUCGCGCCAACAUUGUACGCUCCCUCAAAGGCCUAGAACCCAUCAUCCAGCUCGCUGUCCUCGAUCCACGAAUGAGCCCUGAAGGAUGGCAGUUCACAGGCGAGCUCGGUUCCGCUGAAAAGGAUCCCAUAUACGGUUUCCAGUACCUGAAGGAAUUAUAUCUCAAGGCAGACCCGGACUACCAGGCACGAUACACGGUGCCGAUGCUGUGGGACAAGCAGAAGGAAACAAUUGUGAACAAUGAGAGUAGCGAGAUUAUUCGGAUGCUGUAUACUGAGUUUGACGACCUGCUCCCGGAGCAGCUGCGAGAGGCGAAUAGGCCCGGUGGAGGAUUGUAUCCGGAACGUUUGAGGAAGGAGAUUGAUGAUAUGAAUGAUUGGGUUUAUAAUUCUGUGAACAACGGGGUGUAUAAGACAGGGUUUGCGACCACUCAGGAAGCGUAUGACGAGAACAUCUACCCUCUGUUCGCAUCGCUGGAUCGACUGGAAAAGCAUCUGAGUGAGCGGGGACAUGGACCGUACCUGUUCGGGGAGCAUAUCACCGAAGCAGACAUUCGGUUGUAUCCAACGAUUGUACGGUUCGAUGUCGCAUACUACCAUACCUUCCGGUGCAACUUGAAAAUGAUUCGUCACGACUAUCCGCACAUCGAUAGAUGGCUCAGACGAUUGUAUUGGGACGAGUCAGAGAAGACAAACGGAGGAGCUUUCAAAAAGACGACUAAUUUUGACGCCUUUAAACUUGGAUAUCUGUUUUCGACAAACAGGCGAAUGCAGGUCCCAUUCUCCAUUGUGCCUGCUGGCCCGGCACCACACAUCCUCCCGCCCAUCACAGAUGCGUAGAGUGGUCGAUCAACCUUGUAGCGUCGUUGAAUUGAUUUGCUGGAUGUUAGCACAUCGCAAAGUAGAAAACUGCAAACUAGUCCCUUUGGUAGC